ACAGACUGUCGCUCCCAGCCCGUCCAGGAGAAAAAAUGCUGUCCAAGAAAGUGGGCAAACAUCUGGGUCACCCCACGUAUUCUUUAUCUGGAUGGUUGGUGACCAAAUUCCUUAAAUGGCACAAUCAGAUUUUGGAGGAGAAUGCAGUGAAAUUGAGCAACAUACAACUCAACGACACAGUGCUGGAGCUGGGUCACGGGCCGGGCUUCGGUCUUCAGGAGGCCUCGCAGCUCCUCAUGGGCCCGAGAGGGAAACUGCUGGGUGUGGACUAAUCACAAUACAUGCAUCAGAUGGCCAGCAAGCGCAUGGAGGAGCAGAUCUCCAGAGGAAAGGCUGUGUUGUAUCACAGUGAUUUGGUGGCCAUGCCGAUAGAGGAAAACACUGUUGACAAGGUGUUUCACUGUAACUGUUAUUAUUACUGGCCGGAUCUCAAAGCGGGAGCGAAAGCGAUCCACACAGUGAUGAAACCAG